UAGUGUCACACUGCAGUUCCUGGGCCUGUGAGCUGACAGUGUGCGCGGGGCAACCGGGACAGCUUUCUGCCUGAGAAAAUAUGCCUGUUGACAUCUGAUUGCGAGCUCUGUCUCAGAUACCGCACCUCUCCCGUAGCACACCUGCACCUGUAAAGAGCAGGACAGACGCGUGAGACAUGUCCUCCCUGCUGCGAUGCGUGUCCAGCUGCUCGGUGCCCUUGCUGCAUCCCGGUGCCCUGCAGAAGAUCUCUGGAAUAAGAUACUUCAGAACGUUCCCUGUCCUGUGGAACCAGCAAGCUUCCAAAGGUGUUCGAUACUCGGACGUCCUUGUGGGCAUCCCCAAGGAAACCUUCAAGAAUGAGCGGAGAGUGGCCGUGUCACCGGCCGGUGUGCAGGCGCUGGUCAAGCAGGGCUUCAGGGUACAGGUGGAGACAGGAGCUGGGGAGGAGUCAAAGUUCUCGGAUGAGCAUUACAGGGAAGCUGGAGCCACGAUAGUUGACACGCAGAGUAGCUUCGAUUCAGAUCUUGUCCUGAAGGUACAAGCACCAGUGUUUAAUGACGCCAUGGGGAGGCACGAGGCUGAAUUGCUCAGGCCCAGGUCCACACUCGUGAGCUUCAUCUACCCAGCACAAAAUCCUGACCUCAUGGAGAAGCUCUCCAGCCAGAAGUGUACCGUCCUGGCCAUGGACCAGGUGCCGAGGGUCACAAUAGCUCAAGGUUAUGAUGCACUGAGCUCCAUGGCCAACAUUGCAGGGUACAAGGCUGUUGUCCUGGCAGCCAAUCAUUUUGGAAGAUUUUUCACUGGCCAGAUCACUGCUGCUGGGAAAGUACCACCAGCCAAGGUCCUGGUGAUCGGUGGUGGCGUUGCAGGUCUGUCUGCAGCUGGGGCCGCCAAAUCGAUGGGUGCCAUCGUGAGGGGAUUUGACACCAGACCUGCUGCCCUGGAGCAGUUUAAGUCAUUCGGAGCUGAGCCCCUAGAGGUGGAUAUGAAGGAGUCCGGGGAGGGCGUCGGCGGCUAUGCCAAGGAGAUGUCCAAGGAGUUCAUCGAGGCGGAGAUGGUGCUGUUUGCCAAACAGUGUAAAGACGUGGACAUCAUCAUUACCACUGCGCUCAUUCCAGGAAAGAGAGCUCCCAUCCUUAUCAAGACCGAAAUGGUCGAGUCCAUGAGGGAUGGCUCCGUGGUGGUGGAUCUAGCUGCUGAGGCUGGGGGCAACAUAGAGACCACAAAACCUGGAGAGCUAUACGUUCACAAGGGCGUGACACACGUUGGGUACACAGAUCUGCCAAGCCGGAUGGCCACACAAGCCAGCUCACUGUACUCAAAUAAUAUUUUGAAAUUACUGAAGGCCAUCAGUCCCGACAAGGAAUACUUUUACUUUGAGCCCAAGGAUGAUUUUGAUUAUGGAACAGUCGACCAUGUCGUUCGGGGCACCGUGGUCAUGAAGGACGGCAAAAAUCUUUUCCCAUCUCCAUUGCCAAAGACUUCCCCUCCUCCAGCUCCGCUCAAACAGAAAACGGUGGCAGAACUCAACGCCGAGAAGCUGGCUGAGAUCUCCCCCUUCAGGCGAACCAUGACGUCCGCCUGCAUCUACACGGCAGGUCUUUCCGCAGUGCUUGGACUCGGCGUUGUCUCCCCCAACGCUGCCUUUACGCAGAUGGUGACCACAUUCGGCCUGGCCGGGAUCGUGGGCUACCACACCGUCUGGGGGGUCACCCCUGCCCUGCACUCCCCGCUGAUGUCUGUUACCAAUGCCAUCUCAGGCCUGACUGCAGUGGGUGGUUUGGCACUAAUGGGUGGGGGUCUCACCCCCUCCAGCAUCCCGGAGACCCUGGCCCUGUUGGCAGCCUUCGUCUCCUCCAUAAACAUUGCGGGCGGCUUCCUCAUCACUCAGAGGAUGCUGGACAUGUUCAAAAGGCCCACAGACCCCCCCGAGUAUAACUACCUGUACGGCAUCCCUGGCGCUGCCUUCAUAGGUGGAUACGGCGCUAGCAUCCUGGGCGGCUACAACAUCGAGCAGAUGAUAUAUCUCGGCUCUGGGCUGUGCUGCGUGGGAGCGCUGGCGGGGCUGUCCGCACAGGGCACCUCCAGGCUGGGAAAUGCCCUCGGCAUCAUCGGAGUGGCUGGGGGCCUCGCAGCCACCCUGGGGGCCCUCAAACCCUCCCCCGAGCUGCUCUCUCAGAUGUCCCUGGCAAUGGCCACUGGGGGAACGAUCGGUCUGACAGUCGCCAAGCGCAUUGAGAUCUCUGACCUGCCCCAGCUGGUAGCUGCCUUCCACAGCCUGGUGGGACUAGCAGCUGUGCUCACCUGCAUUGCUGAGUUCAUGAUCGAGCACCCACACCUGGACACGCACCCUGCCGCCAACAUGGUGAAGACCGUGGCCUACCUAGGCACCUACAUCGGGGGCGUCACCUUCAGCGGCUCCCUGGUGGCAUAUGGCAAGCUUCAGGGCAUCCUGGACUCGGCUCCGCUGCUGCUGCCUGGCCGGCACAUGCUGAACGCUGGUCUGAUGGCGGCCUCCGUGGGUGGCCUGGUGCCCUACAUGCUGAGCUCCAGCUACGCGACGGGCAUGGGCUGCCUGGUGGGUGUGUCUGGGCUCUCUACCAUCAUGGGUGUCACUCUGACUGCGGCCAUCGGGGGUGCCGACAUGCCUGUGGUCAUCACAGUUCUCAACAGCUAUUCGGGUUGGGCGCUAUGCGCGGAGGGCUUCCUGCUGGACAAUAACCUCAUGACCAUCGUUGGGGCGCUCAUUGGCUCUUCCGGAGCCAUCUUGUCGUACAUCAUGUGUGUGGCCAUGAAUCGCUCGCUGCCCAACGUGAUUCUGGGAGGGUACGGCACAACAUCCACGGCCGGUGGUAAGCCAAUGGAGAUUGUGGGCACUCAUACGGAGGUCAAUGUGGAUCAGUCCAUUGAGAUGAUUAAAGAAGCAAACAGCAUCAUCAUCACGCCUGGCUGGGGUUUGUGCGCUGCCAAGGCUCAGUAUCCAAUCGCUGACAUGGUGAAGAUGCUCAGAGAGCAGGGGAAGACGGUCAGGUUUGGCAUUCACCCCGUAGCUGGUCGCAUGCCGGGCCAGCUGAAUGUGCUUCUAGCCGAGGCAGGAGUCCCGUACGAUGUCGUGUUGGAGAUGGAUGAGAUCAACGAAGACUUUCCAGAAACGGAUCUCGCACUGGUCAUCGGUGCAAAUGACACUGUAAACUCAGCGGCCCAGGAAGACCCCAACUCCAUCAUAGCAGGCAUGCCCGUGCUGGAAGUCUGGAAGUCCAAGCAGGUGAUCGUGAUGAAGCGCACACUUGGCGUGGGAUAUGCUGCGGUGGACAACCCCAUUUUCUACAAGGCCAACACCGGCAUGCUGCUUGGAGAUGCCAAGAAGACCUGCGAUAGCCUGCAGGCCAAAAUCAGAGAGGCCUACUACUAGGCGCAGGACUGACUCCAAAUCAAUUAUACAUUUAUAUAUAUAUUUAUUUCCCUUUUCCUGAUCACAUGCUGAUUUAUGGCAGUGUUCAGCUGAUUCCAAAAUGCAAGUUUUAAAUGUAAUAAACUUAACCUCUCCUGUU